AUGGCACGGUCAUGGCGGCCAUGGCUUUAUGCCUUGCUGAGCUGCUUGGCAAUUGCUCAGGAGGUUGAGAAAGCUCAGGUGAAGCUUGUUUCGGGUGAGUGUCGAGGACGUGAGGAAGAGACCGGAAAAUGUGAGGAGAUGCCUUCAUGCAAGCCACAAUGCGAGAGGCAGGACUGCAUCUUUCAGCAGUGGAGCGAUUGGUAUUCGCUGAAAGGAUGCAUCGGGCUUUGCACUCGACAUCGAGGUAUUCAGAUGAGCAACAACGAGUGUGGCACACCCUGCAUGGGAGCCAAGAUCGAAACUUCAGCGAAGCCUGGAUGCCUUUCUCCCCACUGCGUAUUUAAUCCAAUCGACUGUUUGUGGAGCGAGUGGUCAUCUUGGAGUUACAAUGAGGGUGGCAACUCGUUGGGCCAAUCCUUGCGCUUUCGCCGCGUCAUCACUAACGCGAAGGACGGCGGCAAGCCUUGCCUUGGCUUUUGGAACGAAACCCGACCCUUCUCCGAACCGAAUGAGAUCGACUGUCAGUGGAAUCUGUGGAGUGAGUGGACGGAGUGCACGGCCAGCUGUGGUGGUGGCACUCGCUCCCGGCACCGGGAUAUCAGCGCGCACGCGAAGAAUGGCGUCGCCUGUGAGGGUCCCUUGCGGGUCACCGAACCCUGCGGCGCGUUCAGCUGUGGGCCUUCGAGACCUCCUCUCAUUGGUCCCUGGACCGAGUGGGAAGGCUGCUCCGGCGAGUAUCCCAUGCAACGCUUCCGUGCGAGGAAGAUCGAGAAGCCCCCAUCAGGAGACUUCGACAUGGAGCCCUUGACACUGAUGGAGACGUCUUUGUGCGACAAGAAGCCAGCGAUCGAGUGCAUCAUGUCUCAAUGGACCAUUUGGACACCUUGCACGGCUACCUGCGGUGGACAGUCUAUGAGGACGCGUGGAAUCGACGAAGAGAAGUCGCCCGAAGCCUGCAAACUGAACUUUACCAAGAUCUUUGGGGGCAGGUCGCCCAUGACCGGCACGAUGACCGGCAUGACGACCGGCAUGACGACCGGCAUGACCGAAGCCCAUUAUGGGGAGCCUGAAGGGCCCGAAAUGGAAAUGGAUAGCUUGCAGAUCUAUUGGAAGGAGAUUCGUCCUUGUGGCCAGCAGCAUUGCAUGGAUGUGGUGGAGUCAGAGCUCUCGCAGUGGUCGGAGUGGACGAUUUGCAGCCGGAAGUGUGAGUUGGGCACCACCGAGCGAAGCCGACAAAUUGUGAAGGAGGGCUCUGGCGGCUUGGGGGCUGGUUUGGCUUUGAAGGAGGUAAAGGGCUGCAUGACAGACUGCGGGGAGGUCGAUUGCAGGUGGGGCAACUGGGAUGUUUGGAGUGCCUGCAGCUGCACCUGCGCCGGUGGCACCAAACGCCGGAACCGAGUGAUUGCUCAGGCACCUCGCCAUGGCGGAAAGAUGUGCGAGGCGGUGGACAAGUCAGAGGUGGCGCCUUGCAACACUCAGAGCUGUGAUGCUUGCAUCGAUGGCGCUUGGGGGAACUGGGGCGAAUGGUCCAAGUGCACCUCCACCUGCGACAGCGGCUUCCGUGUGCGACACCGAGAUGUCAUCCAAAGGCCCAACAGUUGCGGUAAGCCUGCAGUGGGACUGGAGGAUGAGUACCAGGUGUGCACUGAUCAGCCACCUUGCACCGCCGACAGCGACUGCUUGCUGGCUGAGUGGGGUGAGUGGUCGGCGUGCUCCUGCAGCUGCUACGGUGUCAAGGAGCGUCAUCGGCGCAUCGAGCAGUUUGCCAAGGGCAAUGGCAAGUCCUGCGGCGCAGUUGCUCUUGGGCACUCCAUGACGACGAUGAAUCAGUGGGACAAUCAGGGAGGCUAUGCCUCGCAGAACGGCUAUACCUCGCAGAACGGCUAUACCUCGCAGCGAGUGACCAUUUCUGGAGGCUUUGCAGCCUUGGAGGAGGUGUCAGCUUGCAACCCCUUGCCUGGAGGCCUCGCACCACUGCACUGUGGACCUUUGCAGAAGCGUCCUUGCGAUUUUGCUCCGUGGGGGGAGUGGGGCGAAUGCUCAGCCACCUGCGAUGGCGGAAUGCGCGAGCGCAGCCGCCACAUCAAAACGCCCAACAGCAACGAUGGGGCUCCCUGCGACGGCCCAGUGGAGCAACUUCAAGGCUGUGGCUCCGUUGCGUGCGAGCAGAAGAUUUGCAAGGACUGUGUUUGGGGUGCUUGGUCCGACUGGGGUGAUUGCUCCAAAUGUGGUGGUCAGCGCUACCGCCAGCGUAGUGUCAUCCGGAUGCCCAACGAGUGUGGCAAAUUGUGCGACCCAUCUGUGGCGAAAGAGGUCGGAGACUGCACCAGCCACUGCGAGGAUGAAGGCUUUUGCGGCUGGUCGCAGUGGAGUUCUUUAGGCGAUUGCAGUUCCACGUGCGGCACUGCUGUCCAGAUGCGUCAACGUUCCUUGAACUUCAUGCACAAGGAAGUGCCUGGAAGCAAUGUCUUCAUCGGAGUUGGUAUGUGCCAACGUGACAAUGCUUACUUCAAAAGUUACCGCGUGAAUGGCGCAACAAGUGAAAUGCAAUGCCUUGGCGUGCUGGAAAACACCAACAAAGCCACAGCCAUUGUGCGAGGGGUCCAGUUUAACCAGGUGGAUCAGGCGUGCGAUCUUGCUGUCGACGACAACGUGGUUCUUGAACCCUACAUGUUCAGCCACCCCGUUGACAUCCAUUUGAAUGGACAAAUGGGCGGAACUGAUCCAACUCAAGGUGAUAUUACUGGAGUUGACGGCACAAUGGGCUGGAAGUGCUGGAAGAGGGUGUCUGGCUACUUCUUCCGCGCUGAGAAGACAAAUACCUGUUCUGCCUGGCAGGUGGACGUCAAGGAGUGUCCAUAUAAAAGCUGUGAGACCUGCCAACCCGUCGCUUGCGAGUUCGGGGCGUGGUCGGCGUGGAGCGGUGCCAGUUGCACCCAGCUUUGCCAGCGCAGCGCUGUCUGA